AUGCCAAUGAACCAGCGCUCGUUUUUCUCCCAUCCCAGAAUGCUGUGCGGAUUGUGGCAAUGCCAGACUAGCAUAUAGCAUAUAUUUGACUUGUUUAGCUGUUUUUAUUCUCUCUACCUAUGUGGAAUAAAUUACCAAAGUGUUAGUUAAUCAAAAGUGAUAUAUAUGAACGACGAGAAACCGCUAGAAGGGAAAACACCUGAAGGCGUCACCUUUCGCCGCUGUGUGGUGCAGAUUUGCGGGUCUGGAGGAUGAGGAGCGGCGGGGAUGCUGCUGCCUCUGCGCCGCGGAUCUCACACUCGGUAGUCUGAAGGGAAACAACCGGAGCCAUGGCCUCGGACAACUGUCUGUUUGUGUGGUCUGAUCAGUGUGUCAUUGUGUGUCCCCUCUCCCUCCUCCUGCCAGUCCCCCCACAGGCCAUCGGCUUCCUGUCGGCGGUGGGCGUCUUCAUCGUGGCGUUGGCCGUCCUCUUUCUCUUCAUCAACAAGAAGCUGUGUUUCGCACGCGUCGGUGGAAUGCCCUGUCUGGAGCAACAUGGCCGCCGGAAGAAAGGACGACAGGAAAUCCGCCAGGGCCUCGUGAGCAGCUACGGUGACGAUGAUGAUGUUGACGAAGGCAGCAGCUCUUCUGACAGUGAAGCGGAGGUCCUGAAGCAGUUUGAGAUCUCCGUGUCACGCUCGCAGACUUUCCGUACCCCAGCAGCAGCAGACAGCAGCGAGCAGCAGCAGACGCAGCUGUCGCUGGGCCGACGCCACAAAUUCACCCGCCUGUCGGACCAGGAGGAGGGCAGCACCGAGCCGUCAGACUGUGAAGAAAUGGAGGCUCAGAGCCAGCAGCGGGGGUUCCAGGACCCGCUGUCUGCGGCGGUAGAGGAGAGCGAGAGGGGGGCGGCGGCGGCCUCGCCCAACAAACCUGCUGCUGCACUGAAAGCAUCAAGCGCCAGGGGCAGUCCCACCCCGAGUAUGAACCGGCAGGCCGCAGAUGGCAGGGAGGACACGGAGAAGGCUGCGAAUUACAAAAAAACCCACGCCGCGGACAGCGCCUCCACCUGGAGCCCCGAGGAGCCGCCUCCCCAGGAUGAUGUCUCGCCUCUGCCAACGUGCUCUUCCCCCCGACCCCCCAUCUCUAAAUGUGGAGACCUGGUCCUGUCUCUGGAGUACCGCCCUGACACGGAGAAGCUGCUGGUCUCUGUGAUUGCGGCCCGGGACAUCCCGGACAAGGCCCGCAGCGGCAUGGACUCGUGGCAGGUGCACAUGGUCCUGCUCCCCUCCAAGAAGCAACGCCACAAGACGGCGGUGCAGAAAGGCUCGCUGCCGCACUUCAACGAAACGUUUCGCUUCUCGCGCCUGGAGGCGUCGGAGCUGCACAUGUCGGCCGUCAGGUUCAGGCUGUACGCGCUCGGCGCCUCCCGGAUGUCCCGCGAGCGGAUGAUGGGUGAGAAGGUGCUGCGUUUAGGUGGGCUGGACCCGGACGGAGGGACCAUGGAGACGACGCUGGUUCUGGAGCCCCGCAACAACCUCAAGAGCGUGGACUCCCAGCUGAGCCUGUCGGCCGUGUCUCAGAGCGACAGCGCCUCGUCCACCCAGUCUCUGACCCACGGCGGCGUCCCCGAGCUGCUGCUGGGUCUCACCUACAACGCCACCACGGGCCGCAUGUCUGUGGAGCUCAUCAAGGGCAGCCACUUCAGAAACCUGGCCAUCAACAGACCACCAGACACCUACGGGCGUCUGACUCUGCUGAACUCGGUGGGGCAGGAGAUCUCUCGCUGUAAGACGUCGGUGCGUCGCGGCCAGCCCAACCCCGUCUACAAGGAGAGCUUCGUCUUCCAGGUGGCGCUGUUCCAGCUGUCAGACGUCACGCUGCUGGUCUCCGUCUACAACCGCCGCAGCAUGAAGCGCAAGGAGAUGGUGGGCUGGGUGGCUCUGGGCCAGAACAGCAGCGGCGAGGAGGAGCAGCUCCACUGGCAGGACAUGAAGGAGAGCCGAGGACAGCAGGUCUGCCGCUGGCACGUCCUGCUGGAGGCGUAACGCCCCCAGGACGAGGGACAACAGGGAAGGGAGUUUUACUUUUCUUAGGAGGGAUUUAUUUGAUCCGCUGACAGAAUGACGCGUGGGGCUUUGAAGGGCGAUGGAUCGAAGGACUUAGCUUUUGUCAGAGCACACUCGCCACCACUGUAACAUCAAACCUGGGCGCGAGGAACAACGGCUUCUGCUUGCGGAGGCCAGCACAAGUUUACACAUAAAUACUUCUGUUGGUGAAUAGAGACAGAAGAAAGCCUUCAACAAGGUUAGUUGAGAUCCAAGACCAUUACCACUACUAUUUCUUUGGCAUGUCAAACCUUUUUAAAAGUGAAGGUUUUCCUGCGGAAAUUCACUUCUUCUCAAUAAAAAGAAAAAAACACGUAGAAGAUCCAUCGGCCUCCAAGAGGAGCUGAGAAUUUGUCCUUCCAGUUGUAGCUUAAAGCUGCUCAGUUGUUAGUCGAGGCCGCUGCAGUUUAGUUUUUCUAGUGAAAUGCUGUGUUAGAAAGCACACACAGAUUAGAGGUGUGUGUGUGUGUGUGUGUGUGUGUUGGUGUGACUUGUUAUUUCUAAAUCUUGCUUUUACUGGCUGGCAAAUGAAUGAAGACGCAAAGGAAACUGCACAGCGAGACGUUGCAGACAGGAACCAGAAAGAUGCAACGUCCUGAAGAUGUAAUAUUGAAAACAUCAUUGUCCCGUCCUCUCAGAAACAAACAAACUGACAGUGGUGGAAACUAGAUGAUAAUGAUGAUGAUGAUGAUGGUAUCAAACCAAUCAGUCCAGUCAGUAAGUAACAUGUGAUUGGUAACGUUUCCCAGUCCUCACAUGUAUCAGCCAUCUGUUUCUUCAAGCACAAGUCAUUCAUCACACAGCACUAAUAUGACUGGAGUGUGUGGUCAUUUGUGGACCUUUUAUGGACAUCAGAGAAUGGGACUCUAGCGUCUCAUGAGUCUGGUUUCCCAUUAGUUUUAAUCUAAUAGAGUCUACACGCUGUAUAACAUAACCCAUCUAACCCUAUCUCCUAGAAACUGCAGCGAUGAGGUUUUUCACCCAUUUGAGCUUGACUGGAGCUCUUUUAAUGCCCUCAUUUCAUUGUGUCCUCUUCUUUUGCAGUGGUUUUAAUGGCACCUGCUGGAGGAUUAGGCCUACAUCCAUCAACUGUUAAACUCAAUGCACCAACUGCAUAUAUUGUCAGUAUUGGAUUGAGAUGUGCAUACAUUUGCAUUUUCCUUUUGCUGAUUUUUAUCUUUCUGAAUUGUGGAUCAGAUUUGAGCUACAGUUGGAUGAAAACCUCACUAGCAUUGGUGUUACCACUGGAGGAUUACGUGGCCAUGAAGUCCUGAGAAGGAAACAAACAGAGUAGAAGUGAAGAUGUUUAAGGAUUCAAGUGGAGGAGGAAGGCGUCUCAUUCAUAUUCUUCCGACCAGUGUGCUACCACAGGCAGGAAGUAGCAGCAGCUGGAGUCUCUUUACCCUGUCGGGGUGAGAGCAUCUCUUCCCUGAAUGAUGUUAUUUGGCCUGGUCUCCAUCUCAUCACAGGGCAAAGCUCAUUUCAACACCCAUCAACGCUGAGCUGACAAAGAGGCUUUAAAUAUCUCGCUGCAGCUGUUAAUAACAUGCAGUGAAUUACCCUGGAAGAGGGUUUUUUUUUCCGGCCCAAAACACACUCGCUCUGUGGUAAUUGGUCGUACCAGCUGUAGAAUGGUGCACGGUGUGAUGACGCUAAUGCCGCUGAGCAUCGUUGAUUCAUAAGGCAGCAGCUCAGCCCGGAAAAGGGGGGAUUACAUUUGUUUGUGUAGACAGAUACUGUAGCUCCAAACCCCUCUGGGGAAGGGGGGGGGGGGUCACACACUGAGAGCAGGAGAUGUGUUUUUCUUCACGCAGGUGACAACCAAGCUCUCUUUAGAAAUGAUGAACUGCUGCUCAGUUUGAUUGGAGGAAGCAAAUAAUUACUCCAAAAAAAAAAACAGAUUGUAUGGGAUUAAGGAGGUGACAGUCUGUAAUUCAUUUUGGAAAGUGAAGCAUAACUAAUGAAUGGAUGCUCAUAUUCAAAUCCUUCAUCGGAAUUAAGGGGGGGGGGGGGGGGGGGGGUUACCCAAAGCACAAAAGAAACCCUGUCCCCACACACCCCCACAGGCAUUAAGCCAUCCAGAGUUUUCAGGGGUUUUGCGCUUCCAUCCAACACAAUGGACGUGAAUGCAAUUUUAGUUUUGCUGCUUAAUGCACUGAAAAAACAUCUUUUAUAUAUAUAUAUAUAUAUAUAUAUAUAUAUAUAAAUGUCAGCAGCCCGGAAGCUUGCUGGUGUUUUUGCAUAAACCUUAGAUGAGACAAAGAUAUAAAAUGUUACGUCCAUUAUAUAUAGUAUAUAUAGUUUGCCAUUGGAGCUUCAUUUUACUCUGUGCUACUAAAUGAAAUAUUCAAAUGUAAGACCAUGUUGGGUUUUUUUAUGCCUGCACCAUAUUUGAGAUGUCUUGUGUAUCAUUUUAUGAACAUGUCAGCAAAGUUUGGACACAUUUGACAUGUUGGAAGAGUUUGUGAUUUCCACUCUGGAAGUCACUUUUGUUGAGUUUAUGAUAUCCAAUAUGGAUGCAAUUUGUUAAGAUAUUAGGGUGUAGACAAAUACGCCGCUGCUGUGGUUAAUGUCUGUUUAGGUCGUUUGAUCUACUUGGCGAGGGUUGAUGGGGUCAGUAUCCGGCUUUUUGGUUUUGCCUAACAGGCUUUGCGGCACAAUAGCCGUGCGCAGUCAUUUUUCUGAAGGUUGUCUUCCUCUCACAGCAGUUAUCUCAGCAACGUCUUUUCCGUCCUGUUUCAGCGCUUCAUCGAAGCUGCUUCCCACCCAAGAAGCCGUGGUUUUGUGGCUGUGCUUUUCCACAAAAAAAAGAAAUGUGUCAUGCAGUGUUUUAUGCACAUUUAGCCAGACAUAUUUGGUAUAUUUGUGAAGAUCGUCGCUAGGGUUUCUAUACAGUACUGUGAGUUUGAACAAAGCUUGCACACACUACAUAGCUUUAUAAAAGAAGGUUAAUUAUGUAGCCCACUUACAUAUAUGUUUUGACAAUCUCUCUAUAAAAUAGAUUUUUCAUUUAAGAACCUACAAUUAUGACAUAUGAUAUAGCUACAAGAUACAAUCAUAUUUAUUGUCCAUUGAAAACAGACAUUAUAAAUCCAUCAUACAAUGGUUGACAAGUACAACCCUGAACCCUUUUUCCAUCAAACUCACCACAUUCAUCAUCAUCAUCAUCAUCAUCAUCAUCUCCACCACCAUAAAGUAAAAGGCUUGAUACAUGUCAGUUUAAAAAUGAACUGUAUUUAUGGCCCAGACUGAUAUAUUUUAUGCAUGUCCAGUUGUUGUACCGAAUCUAUAAUAUCUCAUUUCUAUUUUUGAACAUAGUAAAUGUUUAAUGUUCUUAAUAGUAUUUCCCAGGAUUUCUAUUUGUAUUCAAACGUCAGCAUGCUCAGUUUGGAUUCCAGAUGUGAGACAGAUUGUGCUGCAGAUGUGACCCCGUUGUAAUACUCUGAUGAUGAAGUGCCUGGAACAUUUUUGAGAUGAAACAUAUCUGCCAUCAUAAAAAAGAGAUGAUCCAAAAUUGCAUGAAGCCUUCCCGUUGUUCCCUGUGAACGCUGCCGUAGGACUGCAUGCUAACGGAGGGUGACCCCAGGGCCCAGUGCCCAGGCCUGAACCAGGACGGGGAUCCAAGACCAAGUCAGACCACAUUCAGUCAGGUUCAAGUGAACCAAAGACCAAAGCCAAAUGAAACAUGAAAUACAGCAAAUAAAACAUCUCUUAAACUUGUUAAAAGUUCAUUUUUUCCACACAUAACCAAAUAAGUACUGUCUUUGUACUAAAAUAGCAGAGGCAGUUUUGUCAAUCAUUCCAAAUGAGAAAAAGGAUAGUUAGAUUCUUUUUUUACUACUCGUAAAAACCGCAAGCUGUCAUCUUUACACCUUUAUGCUAAGCUAGGCUAAUCCCCUCCUGGUUCGAGUACAAAAGAAAGCAAACAAGCAUUUCCCAAAAAUGUGGCACUAUGUGUUUGGAUAUGGUGAGCUUAUUUUAAACAUAUACAGUGUAUAUAGUAUGUAACCAUAUGUACAGCCAGUCUGUAUCUUUGGGUAUUUAGAUUUUCCUUUUUAGAAACCAAAAUAAAAGAUUAAGCAUUAGUCGAAAAACUAGUAUUGCUUCUUUGUAAUCCAUUUUCCAAAACAUAUAUCUAAAAUGUACUUGGCUUAGUUAUAAAUAAUAGAAAAAGAACUUUUCUUUCCGGUUGUGUUUCAGGUCUUCUUAGAUCUUCAUUGACAUCCAAAGUGAAACCUGGAACUGUUCUAUAACAGAGAUGAGAGUGUUAGUCCUGCCGACCUGGUCUGGUCUGGUCUGGUCUGGUCUGGUCUGGGCCUUGCAUGCUGAGCCCUUGCAGUACCCAGAAAGCACUUUUUGUACCAAGUUCUGUCGUUGCCAAUAAAAGCCAGAAGAUCCCUACUGUGGGAACGUCUGUC